AUGACGAAUACAACCCCUGCCCAGUCCCAGGUGCUCUGGGGAGGAGCUGUGCUGGUGCAGACCAGGGACAGCUCUGGCAUGAAGUAUCUCAGCAUCCAAGCUCUGGUGGGUCCUCAAGGCUGGCUGUUCACCCUGCUGGGACAGCAUGCUGUCCCUCUCCCCGCAGCGCUGAAGGCGCAGCUGGACAACCGGCUCUUCGGGCAGCACCUGGCCAAGGACGUGGUGCUGAAGGCGGUGCUGGGCUUCAGCAACAACCCCAGCCCCAAGAAGCCGCUGAUGCUGUCGCUGCACGGCUGGGCCGGCACCGGCAAGAACUUCCUCAGCCAGAUCCUGGCGGAGCAGGUCCACCCCGCCGGCCUGCGCAGCAAGUUCGUCCAUCUCUUCCUGGCCACCCUACACUUCCCCCACCAGGACCAGGUCAAGCUCUACAAGGAACAGCUGCAGAACUGGAUUCGAGGCAAUGUCAGUGCCUGCCCCUCCUCUGUCUUCAUUUUUGAUGAGAUGGACAAAAUGCAUCCAGGUGUCAUUGAUGCCAUCAAGCCCUUCUUAGAUUAUUACGAGGAGGUUGAUGGGGUGUCCUACAGGAAAGCCAUCUUCAUCUUCCUCAGCAAUGCAGGUGGGGAUUUAAUUAACAAAGCAGCUCUUGACUUCUGGACAAGUGGGAAGCGCAGGGAAGAUAUUCAGCUGAAAGACCUGGAGACCUUGCUCUCUGUAGGAGUCUUCAACAACAAGAAUAGUGGGCUGUGGCACAGCAGCAUCAUUGACAGGAACCUUAUUGACUACUUUGUCCCUUUCCUGCCCCUGGAGCAAAGGCAUGUGAAGAUGUGUGUCAGGGCUGAAAUGAAAGCCCGUGGCUAUGAUGUGGAUGAGAAGAUUGUUCAGGCAGUGGCUGAUGAGAUGACCUACUUCCCCAAGGAGCAGAAGAUCUACUCUGAUAAAGGCUGCAAGACUGUACAGGCCAAGUUGGAUAUUCACGAAGACCUUGUGAUGAGAGAUAUGAAAGCCAGGGGUUGAUUUCCACUUUUGAGUCUCCAAAGCACUUUCAAAGCUUUUGGAUAUGUAUUUGCACUCACACUUUUUUACUGUUGACAGGGAGUAUGGUGAAAAUACCAGAGUGAGCUGUAUGGGCUUCAUAGCUUGUGUGUUUGGUUUUGUUGGUUGUUUGUUUUUAUUUUAACUUAACAUAGAAUUGGGACUUAGAGAUCAUCUAAUGCCAUCCUCUGCCAUGGGCAGGGACACUUCCCACUGAAUCAGGUCACUCAUAGUCCCAUCCAGCCUGGCUUUUAAGUGCUGUUCAUCUCUGAACUGGCUGGUAUCCCAGUUUUGCCCCCUUUAGUUUUCUUUUAAUCUAUAGAGAAUUUCUAGUGUGACACACAGCACUGGAUACAGACUCUCCUGCUUUAUUAUUCCAAGUGCUGGGAUUAUUACGUAUUUAAUUCCUCUUUCCACAUAAAUCAGAUUGGAACAAAGGAAAACAGAGGAAUUUUUCCAGAUAGUCGUACUCCCUUCCAUGUGCAUAGUCCUGUUCACAUUCAUAUGAAGUGGAGGGAUGUGUGCUGUAUUCUGAACUAUGAUCAGGUCUGUAAGGAUGAACUCCUUGGGGCAUUGCAGUAUAAAGAUGAUAUGGUAGAAAUCUUCCUGUGCUCAGCUGGGGAUCAUCCUACAUUUCCUAGUACAGUAAUAUGGGAAGUCAUUAUGAGCUCCUAGGACUCUGUUACUAAAUAAUGGAGAGGGCAGGGGAAGAGGAAGUAAGAGCUUGCCUGUGUGUGGGCUCCUGGGCCUGAAGACUGUAAGAUGUUUAGUAGUGCUGCCCCACUGCUCCUAAUAGUCAAGGUGUGGAUAAUGCUACUCUCACCUUGCGUGGAAGACACUUGAAUGGAAGAAAUUAUUUUUAAUAGUAUAUUUUUAUGCUGAAGGGUAAGCAAUGACAACAAUCCUAUACCUCGCUAGUUAAGUACAUUUUAUAGUAGCUUUUUACGUUAAAUAAUGUUUAUGUGAAAGGGUGAGUGAUGAGUUAAGCUGGGAAAGAUCAAUUUAACCUUCACCCAGUGGGGAGACUGAGUUUUAAAGGCUGUUGCAAGCUUUAACUCUUAGUCUCCCAUCAGUUGUGUAUCAAAUGUAAUGCAAGACAGAAGUGCCUUUCACUUUGUUGAUUGUACUGUGGUUUUAAAUUGGUACAAGGCAUAGGGCCGGUUUUGUGCUGCAUCAUCUAUUUCCUCACUUGUUCUUAAACUUUCUUUAAGAGGUGAUGCUCAAUUAUAGGUUUCAUUACAAUUAUGUCAAUUCAAAUUACAACGGAGUUUAGCACUCAUGUUAAGCUCUAAAUUAAGUGUUGAUUGCCUUUUACAGCCCCACCAGAGUUUGUCAAACGUUGGCAAACUGUUCACACUGAUGCAAUCUCCAGAGCCAAACACUAGGAAGCCAUUAACCUUGGGACAUUGGACUGUCACUUUUCAGUGUGAUGUUUUGCCUACUAACUGAUUUAUUCAUAGUUGUAUAUGCUGCAUCCAGUUUCACGUACUCCAAGAAGAAAGUACCUGUGCUAUUUCAAAACACUAAAUACUACUGUAGUGCAGUUGGAAUAAAUCCUACAUUACUUCUUC